CAACGUGAACGCGCUCCACCCACGCCUCUCACAUUGGCUUCAAUUCUACAAUAAACAUUCAGAGAAUUAUUUGGAUUAUAUUUACCCCACAGUUUAUAAUGAUACUCUCCGACUUACGACUCCUAAAUAAUCCUAAACAUAGACCAAGGUUAUUGAAUAGGCUAUCAGAAGGCCUACCCUAAAACACAUUUAAAGAAUACUAUUUUGGUCGCAAUUAAAUUAAUGAAUAUACGAUGGAAAUUCCACUACAUGGUGGUAGGUUAUGUGCUGUUUGUAAAGGGACUCGUUAGGCUCGUCGUCAAGGCUCACACUAUUGCAUGGUUAAGACCUAGGCAGGCUUUCGUUGCUAGAUGGAGCUCCAGCUCUUGAAAUGUUGGCGAGUCGAGCACCAUUUCAGGCUUCAGUCCCCUCCUUCACUGCAUCAGACAGCACUGUACUUCCAAAUUGGCUUGUCAUUUCUCUCAGCGCAUUCUUUCGCAGGCAGGUCGGGGUGCUCCACGCGUGGACGUUUUGAAGACACCUGCGAGGAUAAAUGCAUAACGUACGUUCGGCCAGCGCCGAGUUCAAGGUCUAUGAUGGUGACAUGCUUUUUCCGCUACUGCAAGGGUGAUUUGGAUACAAAAUAACCAGCUUCCAGUUUAUCUGACGUUCAAUUUCUUACGGACGAAGAAUAUUUCACUUAGCUAUAACAUCACAGCGUUUUAAUGGCCGAAAGAGGAGUCUGAAGAAAUAGCAUCUUGACUCGAAUAAUCAAAUCCUAUUAUCAUACCCUAUUACUUUCAGUCUAUUUACAUGAUAUUCUACCAGAGGACUUAUAUCGGAACCGGAGUAAAUAGCAAUUCCGAGGCCAUCCGUCGCGAUUUCAAUGGACGGAUCGGGACGCGAUCAUUGUUGCUGUAAUGAUAUGUGGUUUUUCUAGGACGGCACCUGAUGUCACGCACUGCACUUUAAUGCAACACUGAAUAAAUACAGGUGUGUGAGGGGUAGACUCAUGACACGUCUGCGGAUUGGGAGGAGUUCCUUCAGCCAGUCAGCAGUCCCCACAAUGAGGUCAUCACUGGAGGUCAUGUGGUCCCCUCGUCUGCUCUUUCUCUUUGCUCUGUUCACCCCAGUCACCCUAGUGUUGAGUCGUGCUCCUAUCCCGAUGGCGGUGGUGAGGAGGGAGCUGUCAUGUGAGGGUUACCCCAUUGAGCUGCGCUGCCCGGGCACAGACGUCAUCAUGAUCGAGAGUGCCAACUUUGGGCGCACCGACGACAAGAUCUGUGACUCUGACCCCGCUCAGAUGGAGAACACCCGCUGCUACCUGCCCGACGCAUACAAGAUCAUGUCCCUGAGAUGCAACAACCGGACACAGUGUGUGGUAGUAGCCGGACCAGACGUGUUUCCUGACCCGUGUCCAGGAACGUAUAAAUACCUGGAGGUCCAGUACGAAUGCGUCCCUUAUAAAGUGGAACAGAGAGUGUUCCUGUGCCCAGGGAUCCUCCGGGGAGUCUCCCAGAGUGAACAUCUCUUUGAGUCCGACCACCAGUCUGGAGCCUGGUGCAAAGACCCCCUGCAGUCCUCCAACAAGAUCUACUACAUGCCCUGGACACCCUACCGGACAGACACCCUGACCGAGUACUCGUCCAAGGAGGACUUCAUUGCCGGGCGGCCCACCACCACGUACAAGCUGCCCCAUCGUGUGGACGGCACGGGCUUCGUGGUGUACGACGGGGCGUUGUUCUUCAACAAGGAGCGCACCCGCAACAUCGUCAAGUUUGACCUGCGCACGCGCAUCAAGAGCGGCGAGGCCAUCAUCGCCAACGCCAACUACCACGACACCUCGCCCUACCGCUGGGGCGGCAAGUCCGACAUCGACCUGGCCGUGGACGAGAACGGCCUGUGGGUGAUCUACGCCACCGAGCAGAACAACGGGCGCAUCGUGGUGAGCCAGCUCAACCCGUACACGCUGCGGGUGGAGGGCACGUCGGACACCACCUACGACAAGCGCUCGGCCUCCAACGCCUUCAUGAUCUGCGGAGUGCUCUACGUGGUCAAGUCCGUCUACGAGGACGACGACAACGAGGCCACCGGAAACAAGAUCGACUACAUGUACAGCACCGAGAAGAGCCGGGAGACGCACAUCGCCAUCAACUUCCCCAACUCCUACCAGUACAUCGCUGCCGUGGACUACAACCCCCGGGACAACCUGCUCUACGUCUGGAACAACUACCACGUGGUCAAAUACUCGCUGGACUUCGGCAACAAUGGUCUCGAUCCCCCUUCCUCAGUGCUGCAUCCAAACCAGGAGCUGCCGCCCCUCAGGACGUCCACCACCGGUCGUCCUCACCCCUACACGGGCACCAUGCGUCCUUUCCUGACCUCCACCCAGAACUUCCGGGCACGCACCACCACGACCAUCCAGCCACGCCCCGCCGCCCCCGACAGCAACAACAACAACCACCUCCCCGAGCACAGCCCCCCCACGCCGCCCUCGCCCCAGCUGCCUGUCGCCAUGGACUUCUGCUCCCCGCGGCUCGUGGACGAGAUAUCCUGGCCCAGAACGCACCAGGGGCAAAUCUCCAAGCAACCCUGCCCCACGGGCACCAUAGGCGUUUCUACAUACAUGUGCACACCGCUGGGAUACUGGGAACCCCAGGGGCCAGACCUCAGCAACUGCUCAUCGCCGUGGACCAAUUAUAUCACACAGAGAAUGCGCUCCGGCGAGACGGCUGCGGUGGUGGCUCAGGAGCUGGCAGAGCAGACCAAAGGGGUCCUCCGGCCCGGUGACAUCCCCUCCACGGUGAGGGCCAUGGCCCAGCUGGUGGAGCUGCUGGACAUCCAGCUGAGGAACCUCACACCUGGGGGCAAGGACACGGCCGCACGCAGCCUCACCAAGCUUCAGAGGAGGGAGAGAGCCUGCAGACAAUUCAUUCAGGCCAUGGUGAAUACGGUGAAUAACCUGCUGACCCCGCGGGCACAGCCGGCCUGGAGGGAGCUGGCCACAGGGGAGCAGCUGAGGUCGGCCACCUUGCUGCUGGACACCAUGGAGGCGGGAGCCUUCAUGCUGGCAGACAACCUGCUCAAGACCGACACGGUGCAGGAGAGCGCGGACAACAUCCAGUUGGAAGUGGCUCGUCUCAGUACAGAUGGGAAUCUGGCUGAUCUGACGUUUCCCCAGUCUGAGCUCCAUGGCAACUCCAUCCAUCUCUCCGCAAACACCCUCAAACAGCACGGCAAGAAUGGUGAGAUCCGGAUGGCACUGGUCCUGUACAAGCACCUGGGCCAGUACCUGUCCACAGAGAACGCCAGCGUGAGGCUGGGGAGCGAGGCUGUCUACCCCAACUACUCCCUCAUCGUCAACUCCCCCGUCAUCACCGCCGCCAUCAACAAGGACACCAACAAGAUCUACCUGUCUGAGCCGGUGGUCUUCACUGUCAAACACCUGCAGCACUCGGAGGAGAAUUUCAAUCCCAACUGCUCCUUCUGGAGCUACUCGAAGCGCUCCAUGACAGGCCACUGGUCCACGCAGGACUGCAGGCUGCUGGGCACCAACCGCACACACACCAGCUGCUCCUGCACCCACCUCACCAACUUCGCCGUGCUCAUGGCACACGUGGAGGUCAAGAAAGCGGACCCGAUGCACGUGCUGCUGCUGGACGUGAUCACUUGGGUGGGCAUCCUGCUGUCGCUGGUCUGCCUGCUCAUCUGCAUCUUCACCUUCUGCUUCUUCCGGGGCCUGCAGAGCGACCGCAACACCAUCCACAAGAACCUCUGCAUCAGCCUCUUCAUGGCCGAGUCCCUCUUCCUCGUGGGCAUCAACCGCGCCGACCAGCCGAUUGCCUGUGCUGUGUUUGCUGCUCUCCUGCACUUCUUCUUCCUGGCGGCCUUCACAUGGAUGUUUCUGGAAGGCGUGCAGCUGUACAUCAUGCUGGUGGAGGUGUUUGAGAGCGAGCACUCCCGCACCAAGUACUUCUACCUGGCGGGCUACGGUGUGCCUGCGGUCAUAGUGGGGGUGUCGGCCGCCGUGGACUACCGGAGUUACGGCACAGACAGAGUAUGUUGGCUGCGGCUCGACACAUACUUCAUCUGGAGUUUCAUAGGCCCGGCCACCUUGAUCAUUAUGCUGAACGUGAUCUUCCUGGGGAUCGCCCUCUAUAAGAUGUUCCAUCACACAGCCAUCUUGAAGCCUGACUCCGGCUGCCUGGACAACAUCAAGUCCUGGGUGAUUGGAGCCAUUGCGCUGCUCUGCCUGCUGGGCCUGACGUGGGCCUUUGGCCUGAUGUACAUCAACGAGAGCACCGUCAUCAUGGCCUACCUCUUCACCAUCUUCAACUCGCUGCAAGGGAUGUUCAUCUUCAUCUUCCACUGCAUCCUGCAGAAGAAGGUGCGUAAGGAGUAUGGACGAUGCCUGCGGACACACUGCUGCAGUGGGAAGAGUGUGGAAUCGACCAUCUCCACCUCAAGCAAGAACAGCACCGCCCGCACCCCACGCUACUCUACUGCUUCACAGAGCCGAAUCCGCCGGAUGUGGAAUGACACGGUGAGGAAGCAGACGGAGUCCUCCUUCAUCUCGGGCGAAAUGAACAGCUCAGCAACUCUUAACAGAGGUGCUAUGGCUAACCAUCUAAUCACUAACGCUCUGCUGCGGCCCCAUGCCACUAACAAUCCCUAUAACACAUUGCUUGGGGAUUCGGCUGUCUAUAACAACCCCACAGUGAGCAUGUACAACACGCAAGCCCCCUACAGAGACUCAAAAGGAAUCCUCAAUAACACACGUGAUUCCAGUGUAAUGGACACCCUGCCGCUGAACGGUAACCAUGUGAACAGCUACACCAUGCCGGGCGGCGAGUACCUGAGCGACUGCGUGCAGAUCAUCGACCGCGGCUACAGCACCAUGCACAAGGAGACCACGCUGGAGAAGAAGAUCCUGAAGGAGCUCACCUCCAACUACAUCCCCUCCUACCUGAACAACCACGAGCAGCGGCCCAGCGAGCACAGCCGCAACCUGACCAACAAGACGCUCAACGGCAUGGGCACCAGCAGUGGCCUGGGCUCCAGCUCCGGCCUGGGCAUGAGCGGUGGAGGAGGAGGCGCUGGAGGGGUCGACCAGGAUGAUGCCAUGGUGCUGGACAACCCCGCCGCGUUCCCCCAUGACGAGGUUGUGGGCCUGAGCCUGGAGAUCAUCCGCGAGGAGUCCCAGGCCCCCCUGCUGCCCCCGCGGCCCCCUCCGCCCGAGAACCACCAGCCCCUGCAGACCUUCUCCACCCGCCGCCGGCACCCCGCCCAGGAGACCAACGAGAGCUUCUUCCCCCUGCUGCCCGGAGACCGAGUGGCCAUCGGCGAGCCGGGGUGCUCGCAGACGCACGGGCACCAGCACGGGCGCCCCUCGCACACGCGUUCCCCCUCGCCACACAGGGACUCGCUCUACACCAGCAUGCCGGCGCUCGCCGACCUGCCCCACGGCGAGAUGAUCAACGGCAUCCACGAUGACCACGAGGAGGACGACGAAGACGACGAGGACGAGGAGGACGAGGAUGGAAGCGACCUGCAGCUGCCCAACGGGAAGAGUGGCAGCGGCAGCAUGGACGCCGAUGACGUCUACUACAAGAGCAUGCCCAACCUGGGCAACACCCGGAACCACGUCCACCACGAGCUGCACAGCUACUACCAGAUGGGCCGCGGGGGCAGCGACGGCUUCAUUGUGGCCCCCGAGAAGGAAGACUCGUCCCCGGAAGAACCGCCACAGGACCCUUCGCACCUGGUAACCAGCCUAUAGACAGGAAGCCACUGGCCUGAGUGGCCCAGGGCAUGAGCGAGAGAGAGAGUGAGUGUGUGUGUGUGUGUGUGUGUGUGUGUGUGUGUGUGUGUGUGUGUGUGUGUGUGUGUGUGUGUGUGUGUGUGUGUGUGUGUGUGUGUGUGUGUAUGUGUGUCUAUGGGAGUGUGCUCCUGCCUGACCCCAGAACAGGAGAUACUACCCAGAGCUCAGUUAUGUGAACACAUGAUGCCAUAUGACUGAGUCGGUGGGCCGAGCGCCUGAAUGAGAACACUCACUGUGUGUGAAUAGUGUGAAAUGUGGUCGGAAAAAAGACUUUGAUAAAGGCAAGGGAGGGACAUACUGACCUUACACACUGGCUACACCUGACUUGUGGAUACUUGUUCGAUGUUAUCCGUUAAUCUUUAGACUUGACUUUUUACAGUCUGCCAACUGUUUGAACAGCCCACGUCCACUGCAGUGCAUCCACAGGGUCUUCAUCAGGAGAGCCACUCCGACAGACAGCGUCCCGGUUGGGUCUCUUUUACACCUGUAUCAGAGGAUUUCUACGUGGUGUGGGGGACAUAAUCUAAAGAAGACAUUUGAGAUGAAACUCAGACUAGCUGCCACAUAGAGUAUGUAACCCCGGUGAUACAUGACUGUAUCAUACUACAUUACCCACACUCCUCUCUCUCAUACCUUACUGUUUGGACUGCUGCAUACAUCCUCUCACAUUCCCACAGGUUUUGAAACACUCUUUUGUUUUCAGUACUUUCUCCUGAUAUAUUAGUUCACACCCUGAGGAAAGCAUCUUGUGAACACAGACUGCAAGCAUCUUUCGAUAUAUCCCCCCUUUUCCCUUUCUGCUAAGAGUUUCAGUUAUUGAGGAGGUUAUUGAGAGAGAAAAAAAACAUGAAACAAAACCUAAUUACAGAGAAAUAUAAUGUAUUUCUGUGUAAAAUGUACAGAUUCAAGCAUUGCAUAUGAUAUGCAUUUCAUGACUUUUUUUAUUUUGUACUUUUGUCCGUGUGUGUUUUACUAGAGCAUUUUUCUUUCUUAUACUCUGGGGCCUCCAUUAUCUGACCCUGCAGUGCCACUAGGAGUGAUCCCUCCUCUCUCUCUCUCUCUCUCUCUCUCUCUCUCUGUUAUGAAAUAGAACAAGCACCACUGAACAAAACACCACAUUUUUUCUAGCAUUAUAUAACCACUUUUUAGGACUAUACUUAUAGUUUGGUUCUCCACUGAGUAGAAGUAAUCGCUAGGCGACUCAUGGAUCAAUACCAAGGGAGGCGAAGCUACACCUGAUGGGAGGCAAAGCAAGGCAUCCUGUCCGCACGAGGCUCAGAAGGGGGUCGGGCAGCUCCUUGUGUUGUAGCUGUGGAGAAAACACGUUUCCCUGCGUUAGCUUAGCAUAGAGCAACAGCUGCUCCUCCUCAGUGCAACGAACACAAUGAUCUCACCAUCGCAGACCACAGACUGAGCGUCUCUCUCUUUCAUUUUCUUACCAAACUCAAUGUGAAUUUAUGUCUGAAGAGAUGUGGUCUCUGAAAGGGCACACUUAGGGAAGAACAACAUCAUUGUGUAAACACUAAACCCAGGAUGUUUCUCAUGAUAAAAGACGUGGUUUACUUAUUUGAGAGAGGAGAGUAAACUGUAGCUUGCACAUAUCCCCCUCCCCCACCUGCAUCCUCAUACCCUUACAAGCCCCUUUCCCAAAGGAUAAAAAAACUAUAUUUAUUUGUUGGAUGGUUUUCAUGCAAAGAACAUUUACGAUUUAAACUGCGAAGAGUAGAGGUCCAAAUAAGAGUGACAAAGCAGCACUGGUGCGUUUUAAAUUAUCCUCAUUAUAACAGUAAUUAUUGAUUAUUAUUUAUUCUGUUAUUUUGUAUGGGUUUGGGAGUUGAAUGAUCUCAUAACUAAUAUUUGUUGUAACAGUGAAAAGUUGUUUGCCAACAAAUAAAUUACUGAGUAAAAUUUA